CUUCUGACUUCUUUUUGUUCUGAUAUUUGUGAUUUGGGUUUUUCUCACUCUUAUUGGUCAUUAUCCGACGACAAGGAUCUAUCAGUCUUCGCUGCCUUAAGUCUGUUCUCAUGUCUACCGUUGCUCCUCCUUCUGAUCAAGCUGCUGAUCUAUUGAAGAAACUGUCUUUAGAUUCAAAGGCAAGGACUUUGGACAUCCCCGAGCCAACUAAGAAGACGGCUGUUUACCAAUAUGGAGCUACGGAUUCGAAGGGUCAAGUUCCUUCUUUUGAUCGAUCUUUGUCACCGAUGCUACCCAGCGAUGCCCUGGAUCCUUCUGUUUUCUAUGUUCCUAAUGUGUACCAGCAGCCCUACUUUUAUGGUUAUGGGAGUGACUACACAGGUUAUACCAAUUCCGAGAGUGUUGACAUGACAUCAGGAGCUUAUGGAGAGAACGCAUCUCUUGUUUAUCCGCAGGGAUACGGGUAUGCAACCUAUCCUUACUCACCAACAACAAGCCCUACUCCACAACUUGGUGGUGAUGGACAGUUGUAUGGUGCUCAACAGUACCAGUAUCCUUUUCCUCUAACAGCCAGUAGUGGGCCUUUCGUUUCAUCUGUUCCUGCCUCUACCCAAAGUAAGCUCUCUACAAACAAAGCAGCCAACUCUGCAUCUGCUGGUGCUUCGAAGGGUGGUUUCCAUAAAGGAAUGAAUGGUUCAGCUCCUGUUAAACCAUUGAAUCAGAGUGCUCUUGGAGGUGGUCUUGCUGCUGGUUAUCAGGAUCCCAGGUAUACCCAUGAUGGGUUUUACAAUCCUGUGUCAUGGCACGAUGGCUCUAACUUCGCAGAUGUGCAGAGGUCUGUUUCUGCCAGUGGAGUUGCAUCCUCAUAUUCUAAGGCUAACAACAAUGUACCUGCGUCUAGGAAUCAAAACUAUCGCUCCAAUUCGCAUUACACAAGUAUGUACCAGCCUGCAUCCAUGUCAGGUUAUGCACCUCAGGGUUACUACGACAGAGUGUACCCAAACAAGUCAUAUGGUCAGUAUGGUAGCACGGUGAGAUCUGGUAUGGGCUAUGGUUCUUCUGGAUAUGAUUCAAGAACAAACGAAAGAGGAUGGCUGACUACAGACAACAAAUAUAGAAGCCGGGGAAGGGGUAGUUACUUCUAUGGAAAUGAGAACAUUGAUGGCUUGAAUGAACUAAACAGGGGCCCUAGAGCCAAAGGUACGAAGAACCAGAAGGACACCAUAGAAGCUAGCUUAGAGGAGGUGAAAGAGCAGACGUUUGAUAAAUCAAAUAUAACAACAGGGGCUGAGGAGAUUGUAACAUGUGUUCUUCCAGAUAGAGAAGAGUACAACAGAGACGAUUUUCCAGUUGAGUAUAAAGAUGCUAUGUUCUUUAUCAUCAAGUCGUACAGUGAAGAUGAUGUGCAUAAGAGCAUCAAAUAUAAUGUUUGGGCUAGCACCCCAAAUGGAAACAAGAAGCUUGAUGCUGCAUAUCAGGAGGCUCAGCAGAAAUCUGGUGGCUGCCCUGUGUUUCUCUUCUUCUCGAUCAACGCAAGUGGACAAUUUGUUGGGCUUGCAGAAAUGAAAGGACCAGUUGAUUUCAACAAAAAUAUUGAGUACUGGCAACAAGAUAAGUGGACUGGCUCAUUUCCCCUCAAGUGGCAUAUUGUGAAGGAUGUGCCCAACAGUUUGCUUAAGCAUAUUACUCUUGAGAACAAUGAGAACAAACCUGUUACCAACAGUAGAGACACACAAGAGGUUAAGUUGGAGCAGGGUUUGAAGGUUGUAAAGAUUUUCAAGGAGCAUAACAGCAAGACAUGCAUUUUGGAUGAUUUCUCGUUCUACGAGGCUCGAGAAAAGACUAUUUUGGAGAAGAAAGCUAAGCAGCAACAAUCCCAGAAGCAGGUUUGGGAAGGAAAAACCAAUGAUGAGAACCAGACUGCUGUUGUGAAUCCCUGCAUAUGGUGGGAAGAUGAAGAAGUAGAGAAAGAUAAAAUCAGUGUUGGGUUUGUUUUCGCUUUAGGCAGAUUUUGCCGGAAACUGAGUUUUCCGAGCUUGAGUCAUGGAGCUAGGAGGGUAUCGACGGAAACUGGGAAACCAUUGAAUCUAUACUCUGCUAUUAAUCAAGCGCUUCACAUCGCUUUGGACACCGAUCCUCGGUCUUAUGUAUUUGGGGAAGAUGUUGGCUUUGGUGGAGUCUUUCGCUGCACAACAGGUUUAGCCGAAAGAUUUGGGAAAAACCGUGUCUUCAAUACUCCUCUUUGCGAGCAGGGCAUUGUUGGAUUUGGCAUUGGUCUAGCAGCAAUGGGAAAUCGAGCAAUUGUGGAGAUUCAGUUUGCGGAUUAUAUAUAUCCUGCUUUUGAUCAGAUUGUUAAUGAAGCGGCAAAGUUCAGAUACCGCAGUGGUAACCAAUUCAAUUGUGGAGGACUUACGAUAAGAGCACCAUAUGGAGCAGUUGGUCAUGGUGGACAUUACCAUUCACAAUCUCCUGAAGCUUUCUUUUGCCAUGUCCCUGGUAUUAAGGUUGUUAUCCCUCGUAGUCCACGAGAAGCAAAGGGACUGUUGUUGUCAUGCAUCCGUGAUCCAAAUCCCGUUGUCUUCUUUGAACCAAAGUGGCUGUAUCGUCAAGCAGUAGAAGAAGUCCCUGAGCAUGACUAUAUGAUACCUUUAUCAGAAGCUGAGGUUAUAAGAGAAGGCAAUGACAUAACCCUCGUUGGAUGGGGAGCUCAGCUUACCAUUAUGGAACAAGCUUGUCUGGACGCAGAAAAGGAAGGAAUAUCAUGUGAACUGAUAGAUCUCAAGACUUUGCUUCCUUGGGACAAAGAAACCGUCGAGGCCUCGGUUAAAAAAACUGGAAGACUUCUUAUAAGCCAUGAAGCUCCUGUAACAGGAGGUUUUGGAGCAGAGAUCUCUGCAACAAUCCUCGAACGUUGCUUUUUAAAGUUAGAAGCUCCGGUAAGCAGAGUUUGUGGACUGGAUACUCCAUUUCCUCUUGUGUUUGAGCCAUUCUACAUGCCCACCAAGAACAAGAUAUUGGACGCGAUCAAAUCAACUGUGAAUUACUAGCCGUUCUAUCUGUUUCUUAGAGAACCAAGAACUGUAGUUUACUGUUUACACUAAGAAAUAUAAUUGCAUGUCUUUG